GCUCAGUCAGUUAGUUUUUGAUAUUCAACGAAGAUGGUGCUGCCAACAGUGUCGAUCCGUGAUUUGGAGAGUGAAUGCUUUCAUUCCAUAGAUGAGAUCUUUCGUGAAGAUACACAGUACGGCGAACAUAUUGUUGCAAAGUUUGAUGAUUUUAAAAUAAUUUUGCCGAGAGCUUUUAAUCAAAUUACAGACAACGAUUUACAUACGCUUAACCACAACAAUUUUUCAAUAUACAAAAACGAGCCAGAGCACCAUUGGGGCGGCCUGGCUGCAUUGCAAUUUGAAUAUCAUGGAAAGGAACAAAUGUUAAAAGAGCUUGAAGAUAGGUUGAAUUCUAUAAGCGAUGGCUAUAAGCCAACAGUGCCCAUAGAUUAUAUGUUACCUGACUAUGAGUACCGAAUUCUGGAAAUUUCUCCGGUUAUGGAUCUUUACUAUUCAAGGUGCCGUCUAGCAACUACUCCUGAUUGCUACGUUCAUUUACCGGAAAAGUUAAACCAUUUGGACCAAUUUGAAUUAAGGGAGCUCGAGCAGAAUAACUUUUCAAUUGUAAAGGCGACCAAUGACUCAGUUUAUUUAACAAAGUGUGAUGAACCUGAGUUUGAUAUAAAUGUAAGCAAAGCUAAUGCUAGCCAAUUGCGCCAAGCCAUAAGACAUGCCUAUUAAAUGUGUUACAUAAAUACAUUCUGUUAUUCUAUAUACAUAUAUUUAUAAAAUAGAUUAAAAAAAUUGUAAGCAAUAUG